AUGACAUUUAGGCCUUCCCACUACGAGCACCUAUCCAACAGAAGCGAGGAGUUCUACGAGCCCGCCGAGCCGUACAGAAGUCCAUCGACCUCGAGCGAUGUAGAACAUCUUGGAUUACAUCGCCACGAUACAAACACCUAUAUCCAGCCAUAUGUGUCUCCCAUCUCAAGAGGCGCCAGUUUGCAGGACCAUGAAUCAUUCGAAGUGCCGCUGCAAGGCAAACAAGAGUCCGUUUUCCAUCAGCAUAUACUACUAUCGUCUGCUACCCAUGACUUCGAUGCCUCAAGCUUGAAGCCUGACACCUCUUUCGAUCCGCCGCAAAAGCGAAAAGAAGGCUCUUGGGCGGAUGUGCUUAACGACUGGUGGUGGUGGGAGCUUGGUAGCUUACUUCUGAGCUGCGCAUGCUUCAUUGCCAUCGUCAUUACGCUGUGUGUAGUGCAGGGAGAUCCACUAUCCUCAUGGCGCUCUGUUGUAUCGCCCAACGCUCUGAUCUCGACUCUCGCUACAAUAUCGAAAGCAAGUCUCCUGCUUGCAGUUGCAUCGUGCAUAUCGCAACUCAAAUGGCUGUAUUUCGAAAGCGCGCCUCAUCGAUUACAGGAUAUACAGGUCUUUGACGACGCUAGCCGCGGUCCGCUGGGGGCUGUGAACCUUCUCAUGCGCCUUGGCUCCAAGGAAGCUUUCACACGUCAAAGCGGUGGAGCUGGAUGGGCGUUUUGGGCCUCGAUUUUGACGAUUCUCGCGCUAGCUUCGGAUCCUUUCGCGCAACAGAUUCUCUCUUUCCCACUUCGAACCGUGCCGGACUUGACGGAUCCGGCAUCGGCUUUUAUCUCUGCAUCGCAAGUUUACGAUACGGCUAUCACUGGAUACGAAAGGAACAGCCAGGACCUCAAUAUGGAUAUGGCCAUGCAGGGCGCCGUCCAAAAUGGCCUUUACACCCUGAAUUCCCCAAUGACGUUCGGUUGUACCACUGCAAAUUGCACAUGGCCAACCUUCUACACUUUAGGGAUCUGCAGUUCGUGUAAGAACGUCACAGAUCAACUGGACGUGAGCUGUACAGAAGACGAACAAUCUAACCGAGCACUUAUCGGAAGCUGCAAUUAUACGUUACCGUCAGGGUUGGCAGUGUCUGGCCAAUACGGCUCUAACGCUGUUGGCGAGUUUGGACCACUCCUGAAUGCUACUGCGAAAGCAGGAAGCCACACCUUCAUGAAGGAGCAUGGAAACCUCACGGACUUGCUUGUUCUUGCUGGCGUUACGCGUUUCAGCGAAACAUGGCGGAGGUACACACGUCCUGAAGCGUAUGAAUGUCGACUCUCAUGGUGUGCGAAACGCUACUCCGGUGUCAAGGUCACCAAAGGCGAGAUUCUUACACCACACAUACGAACCUGGCCCUUGACGUCUCCUUCCGGAUCUACCCUUAAUGACGGCAUUCGUUUGGGUCGCUUUGAGGUGGGAGAGAAUACAGACUUCGAUGGGCCAAACGGGACGUUCGUGGUCAACGCGGUAGAGCACAACAUGCUGGCGAACUGGCUUGCGACAGAUUUCUUCACAACGGUCGAACAAGAUGCCGUGGGACGGGUGCUAUACACGCACUCGGACAUGUCGCAAACUUUCGACAACAUCGCGACUUCGAUGACGAACAGGAUACGCGAAAAUGACAAUGCCACUCGGGUAUAUGGGACUUCGUAUCGCGAAGAGACCUAUAUCCGAGUGAGCUGGCCUUGGCUCAUUCUACCUGGCGUUGUGGUGCUUAUGAGUGUUGUCUUAUUUAUAGCCAGUAUCGUAUUGAGCAGAGGCGACAAGCAAGGGCUAUGGAAGAGCACGACGUUAGCACCUCUUUUCACCCACAUGCGAGGAUGGGAACAUGAAGGCUUGAGAGUCGGAAGAUGGAGCGAGAUGGAGAACCAGGCGAAGGGUAUGAGAGGAAGGUUGCAAAGGGACGAGCAGGGCAGCCUGGACUUUGUUAGUGCCCUGCUCGAGAUGUUUCAAGGGUUGCGGAAGGAGCCUAUCGAUAUCUCGACUUUCCAAUCGCAAGGCGCACUUCAAUGUAGCGAACACACAUUGCUGGUCCAGAAGUUCACAGAACACUGCCAGACGCCAUCGAGGCAUCAUAAUCGACCAGCCCAGAAGGACAUGGGAUUUUACUGCGGGCAGAGUCUUGGAGAGGUAACGCUAACUGAAUCGGUGGAGAAGCUGGGGGUGGUUUGGGAGCUCUUACUCUCCCCGAGUGACAACGGCACAGAAGACUUCGCGAAAGGCGACACAAUGGACCCUGACUGGGUUGAUCUGACUAAAAUCAAGCAAUGGAAGUCUGAUUGUCUAACCCUACAUGGAAGCAGAUGCAACAACCCCAUGAAAAUCUGGAAGACUACACCAGCGUGGCUUGUGGACGUCGAGCUGCAGUGCGUAGUUCCUGGAAAGGAACAAGUCAAUUUUGUUGCGUUGAGCUAUACAUACGGAGACCGUCUCGGUCUCAAGAUGGACGCUGAGCUUAGUGCGAGACUUCGAGAGACUCAUGCAUUCCAGAGCCCAGACAUAGCGACGCGGAUCCCCCCCACGCUUGCACAUGCUAUGUUUGUAACGAAGAACCUAGAUGAACGAUAUCUGUGGGUGGACGCCUUGUGCAUAGGUCACGACGAUCCUACAGAAACUGCGCGUCAGCUUACAAUGAUGGGUUCGAUCUACGCCAGUGCUAUACUGACCAUCAUCGCUACUGAUGGAGAUGCUGGAGAAGGCAUCUCCGGCUUGAACGGUAUAUCCGAAUCCAGAGCAUUGGAGCAGAAAGUCUUUCCAUUUGGAUCGCGCAAGAUUAUCGUUCGCAGCACCGGCAUAUUUUCUUUAGUCCACGGAGGUACCCCAUACUUCUCACGAGGAUGGACUUACCAAGAACAUCGGCUAGCAAAGAGAAAGCUCUUCUUCCUAAAGAAGUCGGCACACUGGGAGUGUCAGCACCGGCAGUCUCAUGAAGAACUCACAUCACGUGCAGAAAUAGAGUCGUACAUCGAGCCACGGCUCGUGGAAAGCCUCGACGGAUUUCCAGAACUAAGCUCGUUUGGAAACAUCAUUUGCGACUACAAUGGGAAAGAUUUACGUUACCCAGAAGAUGCGCUACCAGGGAUUACUGGAAUGUUAGCUGUGCUUAGUCGUUCUUUCGAGGGCGGCUUCCUUUUCGGCGUUCCGGAAAUGUUCUUUCAUCGAGCGCUUGCAUGGACCCCACACUGGUCGCAUACGGAACUUGAGCGUCGAGAGCUAUCUGAUCGACCAAGACAAGAUCAACUACCAGCGGGCCAAUUGCCAUCAUGGUCAUGGAUUGGAUGGAAGGGAAUGGUGAAGCUUGGCGAAGAAGCGGCUAGGAUAAAUGAUAUAUGUGCCACUAUUGAGGAGACUUAUCCCAUGGUCGAGUGGUACACAGCUUCGUCGCCUACGACGAGCGCGUCUGAACGUCGGCGCAUCCGUUCCACUUGGUAUGAACACCGCGAAGAAUGGAAAAGCGGAACCAUAGAUCUCCCCGGUUGGACAGCGGUAGAAAUGGAGAGCGAGGAAGGUACGUACAAGGGAGAGCCACGCAUCUUUCCAGCCGGGUGUGGAGACCGGGUGUAUCGCCAUCGAAACAUGAUGCACAACAAGAACCACGGUCCAACCAAUGAUUGGUACUUUCCGUUUCCAGUCCCAGAAAUCUCAAGCGCAACAGUGGCUUCAAUGCCCGAACAAACACCAUACUUGUUCAGUCGAACACAGCGGAGUUUUGUUCUUGGGCAAAAGCCUAAUGGAACCAGGGACGAAACAGAUGACGACAGUAACAAACUCAUCGCUCUCUGUGAUUCUUCGAGUGGAAAUUCAGUUGGUGCACUUCACCUGCAUUCUAAAGAGCAGCUGAAACUGUUUCCUUUCGCAAAGAUCACGCCUUCAUCGGGCCACGACGCCCCUCAUGAUCGCUUCGAUAUGCACACAAUCAUGAAGGAAAAGCGAAACAUAGAUAUAGUUGCAGACACUGCGGAUAAAAGUCUGCCCAAGAUAGAAAUCGUCGCUGUCAGUAUGACUCGCGUUGACAGCAAAACUUGGAAUCAAGAAGCUGAACGCGCUGAAAAGCCGUUCCGCGUCAACGAGGUAGUCAACGUCCUUUGGAUAGAAUGGGAGAACGAUAUCGCCUAUCGAAGGGCUGCUGGAUAUGUUGGAAAACAGAACUGGCAACAGCUUGAAUCGCUCAAAAUGGCUGCGCAGUUAGAGCCAGAAAUCGUUCUAUACGACCUAGCAUGCACCAAAGGUGUCUGUUUCUCGCCCGCGGUAUGGCGCGUUCGUCUCAUGCUCAACUACAAGCGCAUUCCAUACAAGACGAUCUUUAUUGAGUUUCCAGAUAUCGAACCGACACUUAAAGGACUCGGCAUCCACCCCGCCAAGUCCUCUACAGGCUCUAAAUACACAGUCCCGGCCAUCUACCAUAUCCCGACGAACACCUACACCAUGGACUCGACCCUCAUCGCCCAAUUCCUGGAAGCAACAUAUCCAGAUCGACCAAUUCCCUUGAUCUCCGAGCUUGGCCACGAGAUUGAAUCCAAAUCACGUACGGUGAUAGGUCCCAUAUUCCGCGACUCAAUCAUGCCACGUGAAGUGAACAUCCUGUCACCUCGAUCGCAGGAGUACUUUCGACGAACGCGCGAAGCUGCUUUGGGAUGCAAGCUUGAGGAGCUGCUGAGUAGCGAGAGGGAAGAAUUGGCGUGGCGCAAGGUUGAAGACGAUAUACGCGCCGUUGAGCAGUUGCUCCUGACAAACGAGAAAGAAGGGCAGUUUGUAUUGGGAGCGCGGCCGAGUGCGACAGACUUCUUCCUUGCUGGAUCAUUGCAUGCGGCGAGGACGGUUGAUGAAAGCGUGUUCGCCAGGAUCAUGAACUACCCAGGGUUCAAGAAGAUCUACGAGGCGUGUGUGCCAUAUAUGCAGGGGCAUGAGGUACUGAAUCUCACAGAUUAG